GUCCAUAUGUAUACAUAUUGGCCACGUAUGUAGGAACGUGCGUAUACACAAUCGUGUAGUACGGGACGAGUGUCAGAGAAUUUAGUAGUUUUUAGAUGUUUCAUUGACAUGGAGUUAAAUUGCAAUUACCUAGACUAGUAGGUAGUUGUGUUUUAAUUAAUAUUAAUCUCGAUACGUAUAACUAAAACAGCAUUAGAGAAUAAUCGUGAGUGACCUUGAAUCAUGGUCAACCGAUUGUUGAAUCUUCUAACCCGAUGUGUCAGACAUUCGUGUCUUUAAUUAAUAGAUUUAUCGGUUUCAAUCUUGGUAACACAUUAGAAAAUCAUUAUUUGGGCGACUCGAUCUGUUACGCAUCUUCUGAUAAACAUGAAUGAAUUGUGAACAAUAACAAACAAUUUCUGUGCUUGUGUUUAUUUGAAAGUCAAUGACGACAUAAUUUCUGCAGUACGUGUUCUUUUCUAAAUGUUUCAUUACGAGUCAUUUUGCUAAUAUUCUUUUCGUACCAAGCUCUAUAUUAUUCGAAUAUCCCUAUACAAGGAUGAGUUGCGUACGUUGUUGUUUAAUUAGUGCCGGUCGCAUCGCAUCUUCUAAUCACAUAGCCAAUCAUGUUCACAAAAUUGUUAGAGUAGCCGUGACCAGGUCGUUGACGAUCGGUAGUACUUUGGGCAAAGCACCCACGGAACCUACGCCGCCUGGCAAAGACGGCAGUGGCGGAGUGUCCUCCGUAGGUAACGGCGGAGGAAAGAAAAACACUCUUACUUGUCCAAAAUGUGGAGAUCCGUGUACGCACGUAGAAACGUUUGUGUCAUCGUCGAGAUUUGUGAAAUGCGAGAAAUGUCAUCAUUUCUUCCUCGUACUAUCGGAGAUAGAUUCGAAAAAAAGUUUGAAAGAAGCUAUGAGACCGGACGAUACGAAACAAGAAUUUUAUAGAAAACCGCCGCCACCACCGAAAAAGAUUUUUGAGUACCUAAAUAAACACGUUGUGGGGCAAGAAUUUGCUAAAAAAGUACUGAGCGUUGCUGUUUAUAAUCACUAUAAACGAAUCUACAAUAACUUGCCGGUGCAGAAUUCCAUGCAAGGAUCCACAAAUUCAACCGGUACACAAGAUCUGAAUCAUCCCUUCACUCACAGAGGUCUUAAACCACACUUAUUGCACAUCUCUACUAUUGGGAAUUCGCUCGGUGUUGGAUUUCAACAGUUUCCACCGGGAAACGAGCAGAAGUCGAGUAACAAUCAGUCGGUCCCUGGCUCGGACAUUUUGGAUAGUAAGCAGCACCAGUUGAAAUUAGAGAAAAGCAAUAUACUGUUGCUCGGUCCUACCGGUAGUGGAAAAACGUUGCUCGCGCAGACGAUUGCUCAGUGUUUGGACGUGCCUUUUGCUAUUUGCGACUGUACGACGUUAACGCAGGCGGGUUACGUCGGUGAAGAUAUAGAAAGCGUGAUAGCAAAACUCCUUCAAGAUGCCAACUAUGUAGUUGACAGAGCACAAAUGGGCAUCGUAUUUUUAGACGAAGUCGAUAAGAUCGGUGCCGUUCCUGGCAUACAUCAAUUGCGAGACGUUGGCGGAGAAGGCGUUCAACAAGGGAUGUUAAAAAUGUUAGAGGGCACGAUCGUGAACGUUCCCGAAAGAAACAGUUCUAGGAAACUGCGCGGCGAUACGCUGCAAGUCGACACUACAAAUAUCUUGUUUGUUGCGUCUGGUGCUUAUAACGGAUUAGAUCGGUUGAUUUCACGGCGAAAAACCGAAAAGUAUCUCGGAUUCGGUGCAACGCCUUCUUCGGAAAGUCCUGGAAGGAGAGCAGCUACUUUGGCGGACGUUGCAAAUAUGUCACCAUCGACGGAAACGGAUAACAAGGAGAAAGACUUUUUACUGCAACAAGUCGAAGCGAGAGAUUUAAUUGAUUUUGGUAUGAUACCUGAAUUUGUCGGCAGAUUUCCCGUUUUGGUACCUUUCCACACUCUCGAUAGAGAUAUGUUGGUUCGAAUUCUAACCGAACCCCAAAAUGCUAUGGUACCUCAAUAUCAGAUGUUAUUUUCAAUGGAUAAGGUAGAAUUGACGUUCACUACGGAGGCUUUACGCGCGAUAGCUGCGCUCGCGAUGGAGAAGAAAACGGGUGCCAGAGGACUUCGAGCUAUCAUGGAAUCGUUGUUGUUGGAACCGAUGUUCGAGGUACCGGGCAGCGAUGUAAUGUCCGUCCAUGUGACGGAAGGUUGCGUACAAGGACAGGAAAAACCACAAUACAUUAAAAGGGGCGGCGAUACUACCGAGGAAGAACUCCAAGCUCAACAUAUACACAAUUAAAAAGACUCGUUCAAAAACAGCUAGGCCCUAUGCUUGAUUAUUAAAUCAAACGCAAAAAGAAUAGGACUCCUUCGACGCUCGUUCUUUAAAGAACCGAUAUUCUCGUACGGAAACAAACAAACUAACAAACAAACAUAGACAAUACAAUCGACUGAGAAAUACCUUUUACAUUGUGCCAGCACUGUAACAUAAACGUUACAUACAUACGAUAUAUGUACGUGUGUUCACAAGUCGACGCAAACGAUAAUAUCUCUUCGGUUUCGUAUUCGAUUAAUUCGAUGUCGUGUAAAAGGAUAUUUCUGUUUAACUACAACAUUGUCUUGUUUCCUUUACUCCUCGGUUCAUGUACAAAGAAUUGAACUUAACAAAUUUCCAUUAUCACAUAUGUCUUAGCUAGGUCGAGGCCAGACAGACAAUUCAUAUUUAUGUUCUUUACAAAUGUAUCGUUCGCGCAUGAAUUCUCCAUGAAAUGUUGCUCUAUUAUGAACGAAUAACGAAGUCGAUAAAUUGUGUGUUGGAAAAAUCAUGAAACAUCAACGACAAUCCUCGUUGAUGCUUAGUCUUAUUCGAUUGAAAUUUUGAUGUAAAAAAGGUAAACUUUUAUCAAAAAGGAAUAAAACAUUAUGAACGAAUGCGAACAUUUAUAGGUGAAAAACGAUGUUGUGCCUGUAGGUAAUCGAACAAUUUUGUAACAUAUUGUAUAUAUAAUAAUAGUUUAGCUAAAUUGAUGAAAUUAGAAAUUUAGGAACUGUAUACCGUAGUUUUGACAUUUCUUUAAUGAUAUCCACGUACGUGUAUAUCGUGUACAUUAAGCAGUACUUUUUUAGUUUGUGUUACAUUGUGCAAAAUCAUCGUGUAACGUCAAUCGAUUUAAACUACAUUUCGAUAUUCUUCGCAGCGAUGUGUAUCGAAUAAUUUUUUCAAACAUCAAGACAAAACGACAGGAUGCACGUACGCAUAAAUCGAGUCUAUAGGUUUCAUGACUUAUACACAUGAUCAUCAUCAAUGGAUAGAUAUGGUUUUACCGAAUAAAGUUUGGCCCAAACACAA